AUGUCUACCGAACAGAAGGCCCAGAACCCCAUGCGGGAGCUCCGCAUCCAGAAGCUCGUCCUCAACAUCUGCGUUGGCGAGUCUGGUGACAGACUUACCCGUGCCGCCAAGGUGCUUGAGCAGCUGUCCGGUCAAACCCCCGUCUACAGCAAGGCCCGUUACACCGUCCGUACCUUCGGUAUCCGCCGUAACGAAAAGAUCUCCGUCCACGUCACCGUCCGUGGCCCCAAGGCUGAGGAGAUUCUCGAGCGUGGCCUCAAGGUCAAGGAGUACGAGCUCCGCAAGCGCAACUUCUCCGAGACCGGCAACUUCGGCUUCGGUAUCUCCGAGCACAUCGAUCUCGGCAUCAAGUACGACCCCGGUAUCGGUAUCUACGGCAUGGACUUCUACUGCUGCAUGACCCGCCCCGGUGAGCGUGUCUCCCGCCGCCGCCGCGCCAAGAGCAGAGUCGGUGCCACCCACCGCAUCACCCGCGACGACACUGUCAAGUGGUUCAAGUCUCGCUUCGAUGCCAUCGUCCGCUAA